GUCUUCUUCACAACUUCUAACUAUUUUUUUUUUCCACUCUUCCCCGUUGGUUCUCAAUUACAGGUUCAAAAUCACCCUCCACUCUUCCGGCGGCGUAAACUAGGGUUCCGGCGGAAAGUCCGAAGACGUCUUGCCUCGCUGUACAACAAUGGUGGAUGCAUGGUGGGCGGUAGCGGCAGCUGCCGCCGCCACUGUCCCCGUUUUCAUUGCCGGAAAGGCUUUCAGAAACAGAGGUGCCGACGAGCAAAGGGUUAAAAAAAACCCUCUAGGAGGAGGGGGCCAAAGAGAGAAUAACACGGGCGAUAUUUUCGUGUGCGAGAGAGUUUGCACUUCGAAAAGAAUGCUCAAGAAAGUUGGCGCCUUCUCGAAAGAUCCAAUAAAGGACACGUGUGUUACGGUGUGCGGUGUUUCCGAAUUGGACGCAUGUGCGGAUGCGUGCGCGAGGACCGUGUGCGUUGACCAACACCAAGUGCCUAAUUGGAACGACGUCUGCCUACGGAGGUGUCAGAGCGAAUGCCUCAAAUUAUCCGAGUCUCGACUCUCUUCGUGACAAAUAAGAAAACGUGGUUGUUUUGAUUCUUGAUUUUUGAUUAUUUUGCUCGUCAGUGAGUUUUUUUUUUUUUUUUUUGAAUUGGGAUCGCGUGUUAAGGCCGAUAUAAUCGACACUUGUGAAGUGUUUGGUGUUCGGGUUUGAAGCUCGUGAUUCAAAAAAGAAAAAAAAAGGAAAAAGAAAAAGAAAAAGAAAAAAUACCAUUAAAUUGAAUAACCAUAUGCAUUGGUUAAGGUCUUUCAAUUUA